UCCCCUAGCAGUGACUGACCUGAUAAUACCAAUGGCUGAUGAAUUGAUUGCAGCUCUGAUUAUAGACAAUGGCUCAGGUAUGUGCAAGGCUGGUUUUGCUGGAGAUGAUAUUCCCCGUGCUGUAUUUCCCUCCAUUGUGGGACACCCCAGGCACCAAGGUGUUUUGGUGGGGGUGGGCCAGAAAGAUAGCUAUGUUGGAAAUGAAGCCCAGAGCAAACAGGGUAUUCUUACCCUGAACUACCCCAUUGAGCAUGGUAUCAUCACUAACUGGGAUGACAUGGAAAAGAUUUGGCACCACACCUUCUACAACGAGCUGCGGGUGGCUCCUGAGGAGCACCCAGUGUUGCUCAGUGAAGCCCCCCUCAACCCUAAAGCCAACCGAGAGAUGAUGACUCAGCUCAUGUUUGAGACCUUCAGUGUGCCAGCCACAUAUGUUGCCAUUCAAGCUGUGUUAUCCCUUUAUGCUUCUGGCCGUACUACAGGCACUGUGAUAGACUCUGGAGAUGGGGUUACCCAUACAGUACCCAUCUUUGAGGGCUAUGCCAUGCCCCAUGCUAUCCUUCGGAUGAACCUUGCUGGCCGGGAUUUAACUGACUAUCUCAUGAAAAUCCUGACUGAGAGGGGCUACAGCUUCAUCACUACAGCUGAGCAAGAGAUUGUGCGUGAUAUCAAGGAGAAGUUGUGCUAUGUUGCCCUGGACUUUAACCAGGAAAUGUCCACCACUGCUGUCUCCACUUCACUGGAAAAAAGCUAUGAACUACCUGAUGGACAAGUGAUUACCCUAGGCAAUGAGCGGUUCAGAUGCCCUGAGGCCCUCUUCCAGCCAUCUUUCCUGGGUGUAGAGUCCUGUGGAAUCCAUGAGACCAACUUCAACUCUGUUAUGAAGUGUGAUGCGGACAUCCAAAAAGACUUGUAUGCCAACACUGUGUUGUCUGGAGGCACCACCAUGUACCCAGGCAUUAUUGACCGGAUGUACAGGGAGAUUGUUACCUUGGCACCAAGAACCAUGACAAUCAAGAUCAUUGCCCCUCCAGAACGUAAAUAUUCUGUCUGGGUUGGUGGCUCUACCCUGGCCUCUCUUUCCACUUUCCAACAGAUGUGGAUUAGCAAACUGGAGUAUGAUGAAUCUGGGCCAUGUGUUGUUCACCGCAAGUGCUUCUAGUGGGACUUUCCAGCA